CUUUUCAUUCGCGCUCAAGGCGUCGAGCCAUCGACCGCUGCGUAGCGUUGCGAGGUUUUUGACGUAUCCGUACCGCUGUUGUCUAUGGGAGUGGAGUUGAAGUGCUGCUUGUCGUAUUGGAUUUGUGUGAAAUUAUUGUAUGUCCAGUGAUUAAGAGAAUUCAUAACACUUUUCGCAUGUUAUUAAAUAAAACAAUCGAUUGAAUAUGGCGUUGGAGGGUGUAAAAAGUGAAAAAAGUGAGGAAAACAACGGCAAUGUACCAGACGGCAAGGCGAAUGGUAUCGACAACAAAAGUAAACAGAUAGACCCAAACACAGCGUUCCUCCGAGCGGCGCGCGCCGGCCAGCUGGACACAGUGGUCGAGCUGCUCGACUCCGGCGCAGUCACAGACAUCAACACAUGUAACUCGAAUGGACUGAACGCGUUACACCUUGCAGCAAAAGAUGGUCACAUAGCGGUGGUCGAGGACCUAUUAAAACGAGGCGCCAUAGUCGACGCUGCUACCAAAAAAGGCAACACAGCACUUCACAUAGCAUGUCUCGCGGGACAAGAGGCAGUGGCGCGGGCGCUGCUAGCGGCGGGGGCGAAGGCCGACGCGCAAUCCGCCGCCGGCUUCACCCCCCUCUACAUGGCGGCACAAGAGAACCACGCUGGCUGCGUCAAAAUGCUGCUGGCGGCGGGCGCGAGUCAGACUUUGGCUACAGAGGACGGCUUCACACCUCUAGCUGUGGCGAUGCAGCAAGGCCACGACCGCGUAGUGGCUGAACUGUUGGAGUCGGACACGAGGGGCAAGGUUCGAUUGCCGGCGCUACACAUCGCCGCCAAGAAGAAUGACGUCAAAGCUGCCACGUUGCUGCUAGAGAACGAACACAACCCAGACGCGUGCUCGAAAUCAGGGUUCACUCCGCUACACAUAGCGGCUCACUACGGCAACGUGGGCGUAGCUAAGGCGCUGUUAUCGGCGGGGGCCGACCCGGGGAGGGCGGCCAAACACAACAUCACGCCGCUACACGUGGCCAGCAAAUGGGGGCAACUGUCUAUGGUCGACUUACUUGUGGAACAUGGGGCUAACAUAGCAGCCGUGACCCGGGACGGCCUCACGCCGCUGCACUGCGCCGCCCGCUCCGGGCACAGCAACGUGGUCUGCCGGCUGCUGCAGCACGGCGCGCCCAUCGCCAGCAAGACCAAGAACGGUCUCACCCCUCUCCACAUGUCCGUGCAAGGCGAACACGUGGAGACGGCAAAAGUUCUGCUGUCAGAGGGCGCGCCGAUCGAUGACGUCACAGUUGAUUACCUCACAGCGUUGCACGUCGCCGCUCAUUGCGGGCAUGUCAAGGUAGCAAAAUUAUUACUGGACAGAAAUGCUGACGCUAACGCGCGAGCACUUAACGGGUUCACACCCCUACAUAUCGCGUGCAAGAAGAACAGGCUCAAAGUUGUGGAGUUGUUGCUCAAAUAUGGCGCUAGCAAAUCUGCAACAACCGAGUCGGGGCUGACCCCCCUCCACGUGGCCUCGUUCAUGGGCUGCAUGAACAUCGCGCUGGUGCUGCUCGGCGCCGGCGCAGAGGCGGACGCGGCCACCGCCCGCGGCGAGACGCCGCUGCACCUGGCCGCCAGGGCUCACCAGACUGACCUCGUGCGGGUCCUGCUGAGGAACAACGCUAAGGUGGAGGCGCGCGCCCGCGAGGAGCAGACGCCGCUGCACGUGGCGGCGCGGCUGGGGCACGCCGACAUCGGCGCGCUGCUGCUGCAGCACGGCGCCGACGUCGCCGCCGCCACCAAGGACCACUACACCCCGCUGCACAUCGCCGCUAAAGAAGGCAAAGAAGAAGUAGCGUCAAUCCUCCUCGACCACAACGCGCCCAUUGAGGCCGAAACGCGUAAAGGUUUCACUCCACUUCACCUAGCUGCUAAAUACGGCGAUAUCGGCGUCGCUCGGCUGCUCCUAGCGCGGGGAGCGCAACCCGACGCUCCGGGAAAGAGUCACAUCACGCCGCUACACAUGGCCACGUAUUACGGACAUCCGGAUAUAGCGUUGCUUUUGCUGGACAAAGGUGCGUCUCCACACUCGCUGGCGAAGAACGGCCACUCGGCGCUACACAUCGCGUGCCGACACAACCAUCCAGACAUCGCCUUCGCACUACUUGAACAUGACGCAGAUCCUAGCGUGAAAUCUAAGGCAGGGUUCACUCCGCUCCACAUGGCGGCUCAAGAGGGCCACGAGGACUGUGUGGAGAUGCUGAUUGAACGAGGGGCUGACGUCAACGUGCCAGCUAACAACGGUCUCACCCCAGUCCACUUGGCAGCCUCCGAAGGUCGCACAGCAGUUCUGAAGUCUCUCCUCUCAGCUGGGGGUCAAUGCAGUGCCCGAACUAGAGACGGGUACACCCCCCUCCACGCGGCCGCCCACCACGGGCACCACGCCGCUGCGAAGACUCUCAUCGAAGCUCAGGCCGACGUCGACGCCAGAGCUGCUCAUGGGUUCACUCCUCUCCACCAGGCGGCGCAACAAGGUCACACGCUGAUCAUCCAACUGCUUCUGAAGAGUAGUGCCGACCCUAAUGCCGUAUCUUUGAAUGGGCAAACAGCGUGUGCCAUCGCUGACCGCCUGGGCUACAUCAGCGCUGUGGAGGCGCUGCGCCCCGUCACUGAAAACACGUUGAGUCAAGCCGUAGGCGACACUGGUGGAGCGGAGGGCAAGUACCGGGUGGCGGCGCCCGAGCUCAUGCAGGACACCUUCAUGAGCGACUCAGAAGACGAAGGAGGUGAAGUGGAGUGUCCGAUCCAGCAGCAGCAGCAGUACCGCUACAUGAACAGCGAGGCGGGGACCCUGCAGCGGGCCAAGCCGCUGGAGGAGAGCGUCACCGACGGCCACCUGUGGCCCAGCAACAAUGACAGCAAGCGGGCCACCAUUGACCGGCAGCCGCUCGACAUCGGAUUCCUGGUGUCAUUCGUGGUUGACGCGCGAGGCGGCGCGAUGAAAGCGAAGAGACGAGGGGGAGUGAGAAUCAUAGUGCCGCCCGCCGCCUGCUCGGCGCCUACCAGGGUCACGUGUCGAGCCGCCACACGUCGGGCGCCGGCCGCCGCCCCGCCUCCGCUGAUGGAAGGCGAAGCCCUGGCAUCCAGACUGUUAGAGCUGCAGCCGCAAGGUGCCAAGUUCUUGGCGCCAGUGAUAAUCGAGGUGCCGAUCUUCACGGCGCCGUGCAAGGAGCGGGAGAUCGUCAUCUUGAGGUCGGACACCGGCGAGACGUGGCAGGACCACUACCUGCAUAAUAAUGACAAUCCCUUGAUACAGGAAGCCCUACAAAGAGAGCGUCAAGAACACGGCACCUCCGGCGAAACUAUAGGCGAGAAUGGCGAGAGAGUGACUCGCAUCAUCUCGUGCGACUUCCCCCACUACCUCGCCGUGGUGUCGCGGAUUCGACAGGAAGUGCACAUCAUUGGCCCAGAGGGCGGCACUGUGUCCAGUGCCCACAUUCCACAAGUGCAAGCUCUAUUCCCCCCCGCGGCCCUCACGAAGCGCAUCCGCGUGGGGCUCCAAGCGCACGGGGCGGCGCCCGAGCUGACGCGGCGCCUGCUGCCGCGCCACGCCGCAGUGUCGCCUGUCAUCACGGUGGAGCCCCGCCGCAGGAAGUUCCAUCGCUCCAUCACACUUACCGCUCCGCUGCCCAGAGAGGGCGCCGGUCAGGAGAAGUCGACGGCCAACCUGCGGCUGCUGUGCUCCAUCAUGGGCGGGCAGGCGCGCGCCGUGUGGGAGGACGUGACGGGCUCCACGCCGCUCACCCUGGCCGGCGACUGCGCCUCCUUCACCACCACCGUCUCCGCCAGAUUUUGGCUGAUGAAUUGUCAAAACGUCAGCGACGCCACAAAACUGGCCACAGAACUAUACAGAGACAUGCUCCUGGUGCCGUUCGAGGCGCGCAUCGUGGUGCUGGGCAAGCGGCUGGACGCGCUGGAGGGCCGCCUGCUGCUGCUCUACGUCACCGACCGCCGCGCCUGCGACUCGCUGCUGCACCAGGAGCACUACACGGAAGUGGCGCAGUCGACGGCGGUGCGCCUCCUGGACGGCAAGCAGGUGUUCCUGGAGUUCUCCGGGAACCUGGUGCCCGUCACCAAGUCCGGCAGCCAGCCCAUGUUCACCUUCGAGGCAUUCAAAGACAACCGCGUAGAGUUCACGGUGCGGGUGAAGCAUCACGAAGAGACCCCUUCGGGCAGGAUUUACUUCAUGAACGAACCCAAGGCGCCGCGCGGCGAGCAGGCGGGCAGCCCGCAGUGCGUGCUGGACGUGUGUCUGCCGGCCAGCGUGGCGCCCCGCGCCGGCAAGAGCCAGCUGGACUGCCUCAACCUGGACCAGUCCGGCUUCGACGCCCUGAAGGACGAGCUGAGCUUCCACUGGGGCGACCCCAACCACAGCCUGGGGCCUGGUUCCCUGCCCUAUCACAACGACAAACCGGUCAACGGACACGACAAGAUUAUCACCAAUGGCGACGUGAAGAACCCCACGAAGGACAGCGACGACAAAGAUCCAAAGACGCAAGUCAAUGGCGGCACAUUACACGUAGACUCGAACAAGACAAAGGCAACUUUCGAUUCAGAUGAAGAUAAAACACCUAUGAAUACCCUAGAAAAGGGAGACAAGGGUAAAAAGAAACCCGAAGGAGGCUUCCUUGGAGGCCUCGCCGGUAAAGUUAAAAAUGUAUUCGGCCACAGCGACGAUAAAGACGAAGAGAAAGAGUCCUCUCCCAAACCUCAGCCGAAACCCAGAGAAUCCAAAGAAUCCAAGGAAAAGAGCCCGCCUAAACCAGCCCCAAGAAUUAUCAAUGAAGAUCUCCUUGACAAAGUCGAAGAUAUGUUCAAAGAUCUAAAAACAAAACCGCAUCAGAAAGACGAAGAAGAACUUCAAAACGAGGUUUAUUCCACGAAACUAGUAGUCGACGAAGACAACAUAAAGCCUUCCAAAGAAAUCGAGGAACACAUCUAUGAACAAUAUGCUAAUAUGCAGCCAGUUGACACGCCCCUCCAUAACAAGGUUUCAGACCCAUUCCAGUACCCAAAAUGUUGUGAUAAGAAAUACAAACAUGCCCACGACGAAACUUCAAACUUAGAAGAUAUCAUAGAACAGACCAAAUUCGCUGCUCAUGAGAGGCUUGAAGAUGUCAGUGACAAAGUGCAAAACAAUGUUCAGGAUGGUCUAGCUAAAGUGGAAGAAGGAGUGAAAGAUGUAGAACAAAAAAGCACUGAAAUAAAAGAAGACGUUAUCGAAAAAGUUGACAAAGCAAAAGGAUCUUUGAAAGAAAAGAAACAAAAAUUAGAGUCCCAGGCCCAAGAACAAUUGGAUGAUGUAAAUAGGACCGCAAAUACGGUACAAGAUAAUAUUAACGAUAAAAUUUCCGAUGUGAAGUCCAACGUGUCCGAUGAAGUUGGCAAUUUCAAGUCUUCCACGAAAGCAGGAGUAGAUCAUUUAGUACAUACAGCCAGUGGAGUUACCACUAACAUUACCGAUAAAGCCCAUGAAUUGGAUUUCGCUGCGCGAGAAAGAGCAGAACAGUUAAAAGAAUAUGGUCAUGAUCAAUUUGUUUCUUUUGGACAUUCGGUAGAGAAUGCAACGGAUGACUUCAAAACAAAGGCAAAAGGCGUCGGAAAUGAUCUCAAAAAUAAAGCCCAAGAUGGUGCCGAUGCUGUUGCUGAAUCUUUACAUAAAGUGCAAGAUGACCUGAAUCACAAAGCACAUGAUGCGAAAGAAACAGUAAAAGAAACUGCAGAAAAUAUUAAAGAAUCUACGAACGAGAAACUACAUGAUCUUAGUGAUUCUUUUGACAAUGCCAAAGCGAAAGCAGGUCACGUUGCUGCGGAUCUCAAAUCGAAACCAGAAGAUGCAAAAGAUGAUGUUAAAUCAGAAAUAAAAAAGAAAUCCAAAAAAGGAAAGAACUUCUUUACUGGUCUUGUAGACAAUAUAUUUGGCGAGAAAGACAAAUUAGAAGAUGAAGUAAAAGGAAAAAUUGCUGAACGCAAAGAGUCUGCUAAUGAUUUAAUAGAGCAAGUUUCAUCUAAGAAAGAUGAAAUGGAAGAAGACAUCGCGAAAAAGAAAACUGAAAUUAAAGAUGGCGCUGAACAAUUAGCUAAAGACGCGGAAGCUAAAAAAGAAACAGCAAAAAACGCUAUUAAAAACAAAACCAAUGAAGUCAAAACAUCUUUUCAAGAUAAAACGAAUGAAUUAAAGACCGCUGUAGAAGAUAAAGCACAUGAACUAAAAUCAGCAGUUCAAGUUAAGGCCGAUGAGGUUACGAAUGCUGUACAAAAUAAAAAGGAUGAAAUGGCAACAGCCAUUCACGACAAGGCGGGCGAAGUAAAAGAAUCCCUUGUAGAAGUCAAAGACGCCAUUCACAGUAAAAAAGAUGAAUUUGAAAAUGCUGUACACGACAAAUUUGACGAAGCCAAGAGUAAGAAAGAUGAAGUUUUGAGUUCCAUUCAGAAUAAAACUGAUGAAAUUGGUCAGGCGGUGCAUGACAAGAAAGAUGAAAUUGCAAACACGUUAAGCCAUAAAAAAGAAGAAUGGGAAUCAGCUGUUCACGAGAAGACAAAUGACGCUAUUUCAGCAGUUGAAAACAAAAAGGAUGAGUUAAAGUCAUCUAUUCAAUCCAAAAAAGAAGACGCCGCGACUGAACUGGACAGAAUAAGACAAGAAGCUGAACAUACCACCGAACAAAUUAAAAAAUCAGCAGAAGACGCAAUAAACAAAGGCAAAGACAAUUACGAUGAAAUCCAAAGGGCAGCCAGCGAUAAAGCGAAUGACCUACAUAAGUCUUCAAAGCAGGCGUUCGAUCACGUUCAAGACGCAACCUUGAGUACUUUCGAUAAGGUCGAAAGUUCAGCCAAGGACAAAGUGAACGACGUUAAGGACACGUGGGAAGACUUGCAGAGUUCGACGCGGGACACUUACGCCGAUUUCAAAGACGACGUUCACGGCUUAGAAAGUUCCGCACAGGAUACCUUGCAUAGUUUUCAGAGUUCCACUGGCAAUACAUUCGACAGCCUAGAUGAUUCUGCUAAAGAAAUGUUCGGUGGUGCCCAUAAUGUUGCCAGUAACGUCGACGCGAGUUCUAAGGACUUGUUCGGGGAUGUGAAGAAUGAAUUUGAAGGGUUCCAAGUAUCGGCUGAUAAUAAGUUAGAGGAUGUGAAGGGCGAGGCGAAGGAGAGGCUGGAAGAGGCGGGGGAGAGGCUGUCGGAGGCGGGAAGAGGCGCGGCGGAGGCGGCGCGGGAGGCUGAACAGAGUGUAUCCGACGCAGUCAAUACGGAGGCCGAUAGAUUCGCGAGCAAUUUGAAUGAUUUGGGCAAUUCCGUCUUCGGUUCUUCAGGCAAAGGUUUUAUGAAGGACUCGAGCGCCAAAUUAUUGGAAUCUGAGAAAUCGCAGUCAUCGCCCUCGCCGCACAAGAAGGGAUCUGGUUUUUUCUCCAAAUUGCGACGUAAAACGUGAACGUAAAGCCGCUACAAGAAUGCGUCGCUUCAAAUUAUCUACGUUAAUAAGAGUAGAAUUACCAUAAUUUUAAAUAUUAUUGGUUAUUGAUAGUCUGGUAGACGGAUAAGGUUGGAUAGGACUAAAAAAUGUCCGUAAUUGUUUGAUAUGCAUGCAUUUCAAAACUGCAAAAGUUCAAUUUGUUAUUUAUAAAAUAAUACGAAUGCAACGGUUUUAUCUUUUUUUAUGUACAAAUAUAAGUUGUUUAAAAAUAUAGUAUUUAAUUGUUUAAAUUGCAUUAACUUAUUGUGACGAUAAGAUUACACCUCGUGGUAUUGCAUGUUGUAUUGUCUGUUAUUGUGUCAUGUUUAUAAGCAGAGUACUAACAUUGUUACACGUUAUGAGAACAUUUUAUGGGAUGGUGUGCUGUUUGUGUGUUAAAACCGUUACUGUAAGUAACCGUGGUGCAAAUUGUAAAAACUUCACAUGCCAUUUUAUUUUCAAAAAGUACACUUUAAAUACAAAUAUUGUAUCAUUUAGUUCAUUGAUAAAUAUUGAAACAAAACUAUGGAAAAAUUAUAUUCCGCUUAGAUUGAGAUGCGAUGAGAUUAUUUCCUUUUCACACUUUUUAAGGAUUUGGCACCUAUUCUGAAGUAAUAUAGACUGUCGUUGAAUGGUCGUAGAGGUGCUUCUAACAGUGAUUACUCUUUUAAAUACCACUUAUAUAAUACAACUAAAACCUAGCAAUAGGUGCCUACAGCAAAAUUAGUGAAUUUCCCAAUUAUGCCUUGGUUCUGGAGACCUGUCGGGAUGACUGUAAUAAAUAUGUAUGUCCUAGGAAAAAUUACAAAUUGUAAGCGAUUUCUACUUGCCAAGUAAUAACCAAUAUAUAGUAUAAUAAACUAAAUUCAAGUUUUUUAACCAAGUCGUAGUUUAAUUGGGUUAAUUAAUAUUUUAUUUUUUAACAUAACACCUUUUUUCCUAGUUGUUAACGCUAGACGGCUGUUGUUUCGACAUACAAUGAAGCUAGGUCAACAGUUUUUGCCAUACUCGUAGGAAAGAGCGAGUAGCAACCUAGAAUGUAUUUGAUUAAUAAAAAAUAGACCUAUUGUGCUCAUUUAGGUAUUAGGUUUUAAUCAAACUUAAUUCUAGAUAUUGAGAAAAACUAUUCUAGACCAUCAAUGAAAGAAGUUUUGAAAAAAAAAGCUCUUAAUACUUUUUUGUCUUGGUAUGUACGUGGGUGCAGCGAGUUACCUUGGCUAUUUAUAUAAAGGAUAAAUAUACUGGAAAGUAAUAUUUAGGCAUUGAUUCUUGACACAUACUAACCUAAUUAUAAUCUACUUGCACCAAAUAUAAGUAAGCGUUACAAUUUAUAGUAUAAUCGCUAUUAAUUUAAAUGUUACGCCAUGUUGUUUCAAAAGUUAAAUGUCUAGAUCGUGUAUGUUAAUUUUAAAAAUGUGUAAAUUUUGAUUUUCAUUGCAAAAGUUCUAUUAAAAUGUAUUUUAAAACUAAAAAAGUAAUGAAAACAUAUAUUUAAAAAAAACAAACUGUUUUUUAAAUACUAUGUUCAAAAAUUAUUCAUGUUUGAAUGAACACGUACGGACAUGAUAAACCUACUUUCAUUCUGGAGAACUGUGAUGCCAAAAUAGAACUACGUGUAAUGUUAAAUAACUUUUGUUAAUUUAUUGAUAGAGUCUAUGUUUGCUCUAUUUAUUGCUUUUAGCGAGUAAUAAAUAAACUUUUCAAGAUUGA